UGACCGUAGCGUAAUUGAGGCGAAACGGGAAGAAAGUUAAUGGACGUGAUUGUCUAAACAUAGAUUCUUAACGCUACCAUUUUUGACUGAAACAUGUUUUAGAUGAGAUCAGCGAAGAUGGAAGGCUAUACGAAUGAAGAUGAGAAUUUCACCAGACUUCUGUUGUUACUGAUGAAAUGUGGAACUCCGGUAGCUGUUGAAUUGCUCAUUGAUAGAAAGAAUGCGUUGUCGCCAUCAACUUAUAAGCCUGAUCCAUGGACACUGCAUGAAUUUCUUAAAGACAAAGAGGAUAGCAUCACCAAACGAAUAAAAACACAACAUAUAAUGAAACAAAAAAGCAUAUUAGAGAAACUCUUUCCAAAAGAUCAAAACGAUCUCAAUCCGAACGAGUGGGAUUUACCUUUGCUAAUAUUUGUCAUAACAACAUGUUGUCAAAUGUCGUCAGGAGAUUUCAUUGUUCAACACUUGUAUAAAAUGAAAGAAGUGAGGAAUACGCUUUGUCAUACCAAUCGUCCAUCCAUAUCGACGGCUAAAUAUGAAACAAUGAGAGACAGAGUUCAUGGAGCUAUUAAAGAAAUUCUGAACUACAUCGACAAUAGCAGCUUAAGAGAAAGAAUUAAGGAAGAGAUGCGAAAAUACAAAAAGGAUGCAAUAGGUUCGCUGACAGCUUUCAAAACAAGUUUAGACGAAUGGUUUAACCAUGAAAGGCAACAAACAGACAUUCUGCUUGAACUUAAAGAAGACGUUGCUAAAGUUGGCGAAAAAGUGACACAAGUUGACGAAAAAGUGACACAAGUUGACGAAAAAGUGACACAAGUUGACGUAAAAGUGGCAGAAGUUUUAAAACUUGGUGAAGCCCUUCAGACUAUGCUUAAUGUUGUUAGGAUUGGGAUCUGUCAGAGCGAUCUUGGGAAUAAGAUUCCAGUCCCUGUUACCAGUGCCCCGAUGAUAACAAUCAGCAGGACCGAAGAGGUGAAGGAAGCGGCUCUUCUUUUCAUAAGUGCAUGGUCGGACCAUUCUUCGAAAGAAGGCAUACAACAGGCAAUACAUGAGGCGAUGACGCGUAUUUGGGGAACCAACGAAUGUGUCGAUGUCAAACUUGCUUGCGUGCUUUUUGAGAUCAAGUGUCCAUCCCUUGAAGCCUUAGUAUCGCUUCUUGAAGACUGUGCCUCUGGAAAAUUGACAACUUUUGUGAAACCUGUCGAAACGGAAAUGCGAAAGGAAGAUAGAUGGAAGAAUAUCGAACUGGACGUGACAUUAAACGAAACGGAAUUAAAGAAAACUAUCGACGAUAUCAUUAGCGAGGCAGAACUGAUUAGGUUGGAUGAAAACGCGCAAUUAGAUGAGCCAAUGAAUGAGACUACAGAUUCAGCAACUGGAUGCUUUGAAAACACCGAUGAAUUGAGAACACACGAGCAAAAACAGCUUGCAUUGAACGAGAUAUUCACCUCAUCUGAUAUGGACAGAAGGCAGUUGAAGAAUAAAAUCAUCAUAUCUUAUGCGUUACACGAGGAUGUUGAUGAAAUCAAAAUAGAGACUGCUCUGAACAGUUAUUCUAUUGAAAAAAUAGAAACAAACGAAAAAAACAAAGUGGCUGUGAUUGAAUUGAAAGAUUCAAAUGAGGCAAUGGCGAUUUUACAAAAACGCCCAGUGUUGAUAGACAACGGUCAAGUGCAAGUUGAAAUGUUUGUUCCGGAGCCUAUGCAUACCGUCAUGGUUGAAUUUGGUACACAAGACCGAGAUGACCCAGAGACAACUUUGAACGAUCUGGUUGUGUAUUUGGAUGGAAAAACUAACUGUUACGUUUCUGAGGAAACCUCAUGGUAUGAUCCCGGUCUGGAUAAAUUCUUCGUGACUUUGGAUGACCCGGACGACGUAGGCAAUGUCGUUUCGAAGAGGAAACACAACAUAAACGGAAGAUUCGUGACUGUUUCUCGGUUUAAAUACACACUGAAAAACGACCCGGAAGAAGUUGAGGAGGAGUUAUUUUGUGGAAAUGUUGUUAAAGUUGUCGGUGUUAAAAGUGCUGAAAGUCGAGAUAUAAUAAUGCUAUACUUUGAGGACAAAGACCAGUCGGGCGGAGGCGAUGUUCAUGAUGUUGAAAGCGAUAGUGAAAAUGAGGACGUCAUCUAUAUAAGAUUUAAAAGAGUAGAUGAUGCUCAAGCGGUUGCCCGCAAAAGAAGGCAUGAUGUUGCAGAUGCAAAGCUGUCAACAACAUUACACAAUAUUCCACGAACACAGCGCGUUUACAAAGACAAACUGCUCAUAAAAUGUUUGCCGAACUUGAAGAAUCUUGAAGAUGGUCUUGGCAUAUAUCUUAAGACUGUCGGGAAGUGUGUUGUAGUAAAGGGCAGUCUCGUGAUGCAUUGUGAGCACAAAGAUAUUGGGAUGGUCACUACGGAACAAGAAAUAGAUUUUGAUCGCUUGAAAGACAAAUGUAAGGAAAGGAAAUUGGCUGGUAAGAAAUUACGAUGUUCGAGUGUACCGAUGACGAAGACAAUCCUAGUGGCAUCCACAAAUGAAUGGAGAGUACGGCGAAUUUUGAAAAGCAAGCAGUUUAGCCUUGAAGGGCAAAUUGACACUAUUGCAGAAUAUUCGAAUGUUUGCGCUGUGUCAUUCAAAGAUCAUGACAGUGUUGAAAUAGUGUUGAAAAAGGGACUUACGUUGGGAAAGCAACAACUGAGGGUGACUCGGUAUUUCGAAUGCAUCGGUAAAGGUGAAGAUGGCACUGUAUUACCAAAGCAAACACCACCUGCCAAGGAAAAGAGCUUAUUUUUGCCUUCGACAAGCACUGUUCCACCUUUUGGACUCCCCUUAUAUUGUCACACAACGUUCAACAGUACAAGAAUAUACGCCUAUCAUGGCGACAUUACCACGUUAUCGGUAGACGUAAUUGUCAACCCCUCCGAUUCCCGCUUGACGAUGCUAGGACUGCUUGGGAAAGAAAUUGAAAAUCGUGGAGGACGUGAUGUUGUCGAGGAAUGCAAAAUUCGUGUCCUCGAGGGACCGAUGGCAUCAACUGAUGUAUUUGUCUCGAAUGGUGGAAAGUUAAAAGCUGCGAAAAUAGCCCACAUUGUGACCCCGCAGUGGGAAGGUCUACCGGAGGAUGAAAGAAGCAUUCUUAGCGAAAUUGUGACGAACGUUUUGAUUACCGCCUCGAAAACUUUUAAGAAAAUUGCAUUCCCAGCGGUUGGAUGUGGUGUAGGAAAGUUUCCAAAAAAAAUCGCAACACAAGAAAUAGUCAGCGCAGCGAAGAAAUAUCUACAGGAGAACAAAGAAACUCCGCUGACAGAUUUAUACUUCUGCGACACAAACCAGGAAACGGUUGGCUACUUUACGAAUGCUAUGCAAAAGGAGUUUAGUGAAGGAAUUGUCGAAACAGCAGCUACUGGACAACAACGGUUUCAGCACUCGUUCCCAGAGAUGACACACGGCGAUAUUCUAGAACCAACCCGUCAUACACACCCAUCGAGAGAAAAGCGCACUACGAUGAUUGAUUCUCCAACCAGAAUCGAAAGACCUGCAGGACAAAGACGUUCAAAAGUAUGUUCUUCUACACAAAUCGGAGGCAUAACGAUUAAUCUUGUAACGGAAGAACUGGCAAAAUUUGAAGCUGACGUUCUGGUGAAUUCUACCUCACCGAACCUACAGUUAAAAUCUGGAGGUGGGGUUUCAGCCAGCAUUAGCAAAGAGGCUGGACCUGCAAUAGAGGAUGAAAUACGAAGAAAAUAUCCGGGCGGAAUUGAAGUGCUUGAAUUUGCAGAGACGUCUGGAUAUCGUUUGAAAUGCAAGAAAGUUUAUCAUGGCUCUGUGAUCAAGUAUAAUACGGAAUCGGAAUACAGACCCGAAGAGACCUUGACAAUGCUUAUGACCCAAUGUCUUGAGAGAGCGAACCUGAGUUACAAAUCGAUAGCUUUUCCUGCGAUCGGUACUGGUAACCAAGGGUUUCCUAAACAUGUAGUUGCUCGUGUGAUGUUCGCUGCCGUUGAAAGGUUCGCUCGUGAAAACCCAGAGCCUGUUCUCAACGUGGUAUCGUUUGUGAUAUUACCAGGCGAUAAAACUACUUUUCAGGCAUUCCAAGCAGAAAUGUUAAAUAGGAAAGAAUAGAAAUGCACUCAACCGUGACUUCAUGCGCGUCUGCAUUGUCAGACAAACGAGGAUUAUUUGUAAUUUACAGCAAAACAAACAUUGUCGCAUCGUCACUGUAGUUUCGAUUGCAGUAUUAUACUGUUGUCCUUUUGGUUAUGGGCAUGUCGUGAUCUUCUCGUUUUGUGUCCCUGUAUCUAAUUAGCGGUAUCAGGGUAUUGUAAUUUAACGUCUCUAUGUUGGUCAUGAUUAGGUUUAAUUGAUCGCCACAAUACAUAGUUUGGUCGUUUAAUUGUUUUAGCUCUGUAUUUCGACAAAAACAAAACAAUGUGUGAUAGUCUUGGUGACAUUGCUGUCCUCCAGAAACAUUUCCCUACGCCAUCACUAAAAAUACAAUAUGUUUACAUGUUACCAGUAACAACAGGCAAAUACGUAGCAAAUGUCAUGUCUCUGUCUUACCGUGCUAAUGUUUUUUUGUACAUCUGAAGAUCGAACGUUAUGAUCAGAUGUUUCAUUUAUAGAAAUAUAAAAUAAAAUUUUAGGUUGGGCUUUUUAUUAAUCAAUAGUGCUACGAGUGUUCUUUAAAAGUGUAUGUCUUAUGGUUAAUAUGCAAACCACAACAAAAACACAAAAUCCCUUUGUUUUAGCCCCCCCCCCCCCCCCCCAAUAAAAAAAUUGCCUUUUAUACAAAUACCUUCAAACAAAUAUCUUAAACCGCCCGUUUAACCUACGCUUGGUAUAUGUUAAAGGUGCUGAAGCAUUUUAUGUUUAAUUCAUUUCUUAUAAUAGAUGUCCGCACCGAAAGCACGUUCUUGAGACCAUGACAUAUUAAACUAAAGGUUUCCACAACCAAAAUCUAGUCUAAAUAAUUGAAAUUCAAUCACUAUUUUUCAUUCGUGUUUUGUUCGGAAAUAACAAUACCUCCUUAUUUUUGGGAGCUUGGUAAUUGCCAAGUAACAGGAAACUGCAUUUUCUACGCUACCAACAUAAACAAGAUCUUAUCAUUGAAAUAAUAACUAUUUUGGUUAUCUGCAUGCACGUUUUUCUUCUAAUUUCAUUGUGCCGACGUGAUGCUAUGCAUCAACUAUUUUCUUGUACUUAAUUGAACAGCUUUAAACAUCUUGCUUUUUUUCCUUUUAUCAUGAAUAAAACUCCGUAAAUAUCGGACAAUACUUCAAAGACGGGUUUUAAUCGAAUUGACAAUGCAAUUUGAAUUCUAAAAUAAAGGACAUUCUUACCUCAUUGAACAUUUAAAAUAGUGACUAGUGUGUAUGAGAUAUACUACUAAUUAAAUUACUUUCUCAAUACUCCUUCCACAAAAUAAUGAUAUUGCGGGAAGAAAGACUGGAGAAAUAUGUAACAGUAAAAGUGAAGGGUAAAAUGGCAGCUCAUCGUCACAUAACACAAAUAUAAAACAGAAAUAUAGAAUACACACACACACAAUCAAUCAAAAUAUACAUAGUUACAUUAAUUAUUACGCGUUUUAAAUGAUUUUUGUAUCAUAAAUCAGUGUACCCAUGUGAUGUUACUUUUUUAUUUGAUUAUAUAUAUAUUGAUUAUAUAUAUAAGAACUUUUCGAAGUACCCUCAUAUUUACUAAAAUACUUCUUGUGACCAGAUAUAACUGUUUCUCCUUUUCAUUACGUUUAUCAAGAUUGCAUUCUUUAAUAACGUUUUGCAAAUAAUUAGAAUUCUAUAUUGUUAGUAGAAUGUAAAACUUUUUAUUAUACUAUAUACCAUUUAUUGUAAUGUUUUAUUUGUUUGAUAUUGUGAGCUUUUGCAUUGUAUUCUUCAAUGUAUUGAUCCUUGUCAUAUUUACCUUAAUCAACCAAAUAAUCUGUUAAAAGUGACACUCGUAUUUAAAAUCAAUACAUACACAUGUAUAACAAACAUAAAUUUUGAGUGAUUAAGCUUUAUUUGCUUACUAAAUAAUGUAUUCAUGGAAAAUAUUAUUAACUGAUAACAAGAUUGUAACCUGUGAAUUUAUAGCUGAAAACGCACAAAUAUUAAAUGUCUCACGGGUCCGCAGAAAUUUACAAUGAUCAACUAUCGUCUCAUAACGUAGAAAUACCGUGUUUCUGCACCUUUCCUUUAAAUUAAACACAUGUAUCUUUCAUAAGAACCAUUGUUUUCUAUAUUUAUUCAACCUUUUCGGUAAAUUUAAAGUGACACUCUUAUUCAAAAUCAAUACAUACAUAUGUAAAAACAUACAUACAUUUUGAGUGAUACACCCUCAAGUACUUACUAAAUAAUGGAAAAUAUUAAUUACUAUAAACAAUAUUAUAACCAUGUAUUUAGUAGCAGAAAGUGCAAAAAUAUUUAAUGACUGGUGAAUGCUUAACUAUUUACCGCGAUCUACUAUGGUCUCAUAAGGUAGCAAUACCGUGUUUUCUGCACAUUUCUUUUAAAUUAAACUCGGUAUGCUUCAUAAGAACUAUUGUUUUCGACAUUUGUUCAUCCUUUUUGGUAUAUUUAAACAAUGUGUUAAAUGUGUUAAAUCUUAUGUGGGGGUAAUAGUGCAUCUUUAAACAAUUGUCUUCAUUGUGGUUCAUCUUAAUUGGAAGUAAGAGUGCAUCGUGAAGUAUAUACAUUCGAUAAAUAAAUGUUCCAUAUGAGGAAAUACCUGUCUUGGUUUGCAUGACAUAGUCCAAUUAAACUUAUUUUCAAGUGAUAAAUAACGAUCCCUAUCUUGUUGUUUAAAUAGUGUAAUAUACUUGUAUGACCAACUUGUUUUUUUGUUUUGUUUUUAUUAUUAUUAUUUCAUUUGUGUAUUUUUUUAAUAUAAUGGUUUUGAAUAUAUCAACAUUUUGAAUCCAACUAUAAAGCCGUCUAGAAUCCGUUUUCGUUCAAUAAUGUGUUUAAUUCUAGAAGUAAAAUUGAAUUUAAAGAAAAUCUGUAGAAAUGGUUAUUAUUCACGACAAACAUGUUGUCUUCCCUAGUUCAAUUCAAUAAUUUAUUUCUUCAAUACUGAAGAUAUAUGAAUAAGCUGGAUUAAUAUUUUUUUUUAUAAAUGACUGCACACUGUUUUUUGUAACUUAUUCGACAUGUGUUAGAGAUUUAUGUUAAUAAGGCAUCAAACUAAGUGUUAACAGUUAAUGUUUAUAAACGACCAAGAUUUUAGAGAAACAGAAAAUGAAAAUGUGAUGAUUUCUACUGAUUGAUAAAAAAAUCGUCCUUAUCGAUUUGUUAAGUUGCUCUUUUUAUUAUAAGUAGUAUUGUUAUUUUCAUGCGUAUAUUAGUAUAAGUAUUAGUUUUAUCAAAGGUAUUAGUAAUUUGGAUAUAGUGUGUAUUAAUACAAUUUGAUUUAAGCAGGUACACGUUAAAUAUGAAAUAAAAUGAAAAAACGUAAGCGUUUUUCCUGUAAACCAAUUGUUUUUUUUGGAAGAUGUUAAAAGUAACCUCUUAAGACGAAUACACUUAAAUAUGACAAACGUAGGGCAAUUUAAUGUACAUGUUUUUUUACAAUACUGUGCCUUACUUGUUGCAAUAUGGGAACAGCUUUCACAAUGAAUUCUCUAAAUUACCUUGGUUAUGUUAUAGUUUGGAAAUUGAAAAGGUCUGCUACUAUACCAUUGUUUUUUUUUGCAUCGUAUGUAAAAUAAAACGCUUCACCUUUUGUUAUAAGGUAUUUGCCAUAUAAGAUU